AUGGAGGAAGAGAAAAACCAACCGGUGCCGGAAAAGAGGACCAUCAAUGUAGCAGAGCUCUCCCAAGAGGAGGCUGACAAGCUCCGCUCCCAGGCCCUCAGCUCCGACCGGGACACGAUUCCACCAGGCUACUUCUCCAGCAUCCGCAUUGUCGGCACCUUCGUGGGGAUUGCGCUGGCCCUCGUGGCCACGUAUUUUGCAUACCAAGCGGGUGCGUCCGUCAUCAUCAGCAUCAACGAAGACAUCGGCCCCAGCGAAAACUCUUCUCUCUUCGCCAUCGUAUGGACCGCAGCCCAGCCCAUUUCCAUCUUGCUGUUCGGCUCGCUUUCCGACCGCUUCGGCCGGCGGAACUGGGCGCUGGCGGCCAACGUGCUGGGCAUCGUGGGCGGCAUCGUGGCCUGCACCGCCAAGACCAUGAACACGCUGAUCGGCGCCAUGGUCCUGCUCGGUCUCGCGUCUGGCGUUCCGGCGUCGUAUCCUCUCCUGACUGGCGAGUUGGCCACCAACAGGGGCAAGUUCUUGGCCACCAUCACCGUCGUUGUUCCCAAUGUCAUCGCCACCGGCUUUGGUCCGUAUAUCGGACAGCGCCUGGUCGUCUACUCCAGCUGGCGCUGGAUUUUCAUCAUCUACAUCAUCAUGAUGGUCCCAGCCACCCUUUGCUGGUAUCUCUGGUAUCAUCCGCCGACCUUUGUGCAGCUCCACGGCCACGACUUCAAGCGAAAGGAGGCUCUCAAGAACAUUGACUACUUCGGAGUCCUAUUGCUGACCGCAGGCCUGACGCUGUUCCUGCUGGGUGUCUCCUGGGGCGGCACAACGACAGCCUUGACGUGGGAUUCGCCCCGCAUCCUGGGGCUUCUGAUAUCGGGAAUCAUCUGCUGCGUCUCCUUUGUCAUCUACGAGUGCCUCGUCCCCGCAUCGCCCAUCGUCCCGAUGCGCUUCUUCCGGGACGUGCGCGGAUUCGCCUGCAUCAACGUCAUGUCGGCCGUCUUCGGCUGCAUCAACAUCGCCUUCUUCAUCCUCUGGCCGUCCCAGGUCAUCCACAUCUUCGGCAGCACCGGCGACUGGGAGCAGACGGCCUGGAUGAGCUGCACCGUCAACUUCGGCAUCUGGGCCGGCAUCAUCAUCGUCGGCCCGCUCUACCACAUCAUCAAGCACAUCCGCUUGCAGCUCGUCGUCGCCACCGCCUGGAUGUCCAUCUUCCUCGGCGUCAUCACCACCGCCCACGCCGGCAACCGCCCCGCCGCCAUCGCCGUCUCCUUCCUCUCCUGCCUGCCCAUCGGCUGGGGCGAGGUCGUCACCAUGCUGCUCGUGCAGUACCUCGUCGACGACCGCGACCUCGGCGCCGCAUUCGAACGCAGACUGACCGACGCUUCCCCCCUCACCACAGCCGUCACAUCCGCCAACCGCACCAUCCUCGGCUGCAUCUUCACCUCCAUCUUCUCCGCCAUCCUCACCGCCAAGCUCCCCACCGAGCUCUCCGCCACGCUCGUCCCGCGCGCCCUCUCCGCCGGCCUCGACCCUUCCUCCGUCCCCGCCAUGCUCGCCGCCGUCGUCGCGGGCAACGGGACCGCGCUGGCGCAGGUGCCGGGGCUGGACGGCAGCAACACGGCGCUGCUGCGGACCGUCGAGGCGGGCGCGAGCGACGCGUGGGCGGGGGCGUAUGCGUACGUCUAUUACUGCGCGUUGGCGCUGGGGCUGUGUGCGGUGGGGGCGGCGGCGUGGACGCGGGAUAUGGAUGGGUAUUUGACGGGGCAUAUUUCGAGGCAGAUUUAUGGGAGGGGGGAGGGGGGGGUGGAUGUUUUGGAGAAGGUGGGGGGUGGGGUGGGGGGUGGGGUGGGUGUUGCGGAGCGGGGGGAGUAG